GUAAACGUGAAGAAAAACAACGUCAAAAUAAUACGCACCAAAACUUGACAUUUUCGCAUUGUUAUUUACUAUGUGGAGCCCACCGUCACUAUGCACACACAGUAACUUUCUCUUUUUCACUUCUAUAUAAACGAUCGUUUCGAUCAAUUGUAAUACACCAUCUCUUCUUCCUCUUAUAACAUAUUCUCUCUCGUUAUUAUCUUAUAUCAGUAGUAUCUCCUUUCUGCGGGUAUAAAAUUUCGCUCUUAAUUAAAUUUCUCUAUACUAUAAAAUUAUAAGUUAUUUUAUAACACGUUAUCAGCACGAUCACUCUGCGAUUCGGUAAAACUUAUAUGUAUCAUAUUUACUCUGCUAUAAUGGCCGGUAUACCGCCUAUAUUAUUAUCUAUAAUUUUAUAGUGGUUGUUUUAAUUAUUAUUAUUUAUCUAUAUUAAUGCGGACGGUAUGUCGCCUCGUUAAUAAACCUUGAUUGCUAAUUACACUAUAAUUAUUGGCUUGGCUGUGCCGCCGCCUAAUUUAUUUAAUCUUAUAAUUUUUCUAUCACCAUAAUAUGAUUGAUAUUUAUUUGUUUAUUAUAUUAUUGUUAUUAUAUAAAUGUUUGGUCACCUAUAUAAAAUAUUAUGAAAUUUACGGAAUUUGGUUGACUGAUUAUUACAGUAUUUUCAGAAUAAUUUUCAGUUCAUACGAUUUAAUCCCAACGGUCACAAAGAAAAAAUUUCAAAAUUUUUACCCUUUUCAAACGGCUAUGAACAGUAUUUUCAUCUAUAAAUAUACUCAUUCUUCACUCAUUUACUUCAUCCAAAAUAUUUCAUCUUCUCUCAAAUAUUUUCAAAUCGCCACAUUCCGGUUUUUCAUUGCAAGAAAGAUGAUUCGCAUAUUUUUGGUUUUAUGUGCAAUUUUAAUUUUUGCUUCUAUGGCCGGUCUUUUUAUUGGAGAAUUUGCUCCUGAACAAUUUACGCUUAAUGUCGGUUUACUUUUCUAUGCAUUGUUUCUUCUUGUAAUUGCGUGUAUUAUUAAUAUAAAUGGUUCGUUCUAAAAGUACGAAAUUCUAAUAAAACAUAUUAUUUUGUGUUUAGAAAUACAAAUGGCAAACAUCGAGAAACUUCAGUUCCCGGCUCUCAAAAUAACUGGCGAAAACUACGUCGGAUGGGUCACGAACGUGAAACCAUAUCUGGUGAUGAAAAAGAUAACCGAAACGAUUGUAAUCGGUAACAAAUCGCCGCCCGAGCAUAUAGCCGAGGCGAUAAUCUUCCUGAAGAAGCAUUUAGAUGAGAAUCUAACGCACGACUAUGCAAGCGUCGAAGACCCAGCUGAACUGUGGCAAGCUUUAAAAGAAAGGUUUGAUAACCAGAGACAAGUCAACCUCCCUCACGCUCUAGAAGAGUGGAAAAACUUGAGGUUCCAAGAUUUUCAAAAGGUUGAGGAUUACAAUUCCGCUGUCCUGAGGAUAGUUUCACUCCUGAAAUAUUGCGGUAACCCUGUCUCUGAGGAAGAAAUGAUGAAUAAAACAUACAAUACUUUCCACAAACAGCUUCACUUCCUGCCCGAAAUAUACAGAAAAUGCGGGUACACAAGAUUUUCUGAAUUGAUGGUUGCGCUCAUGUUGGCUGAAAAGAACAAUGAGCUCCUGAUCAAAAACCACAAUUCCCGACCUACGGGAGCCAAGGCAUUUCCUGAAGUGAAUGCUACGGCGAUAGAAAAUUCGGAAAGGAGGAACCAGACCAACCGAGGUCAUGGUCGUCGUUUCAACAACAAACGUGGAAAAACUUACAAUCCCAAAUGGAAGGGAUCUAACAAGUGGGUUAGAUCCGAACAAGUUUCUAAGGGUAAAGAAACUCAAGGGGAUACCACCCAGAAGCGUGAGACAGUGUGUUACAGAUGUGGCUGUAAAGGACAUUGGUCCCAUACAUGUCGUACUCCUCCACAUCUCUGUAAGUUAUAUCAAGAGUCCACGAAAGGCAAAGCUAAAGAAGUGAACCUCACUGAAAACUUUGAAGGGACAUCGUACCUCGAUGCCUCCGACUUCGCAAAUGAGCUGGACUAGAUUACUCCUGAAGAGAACUGAGAUGCUUAUAAUAAGACUAUUGAAUAAUUUUCAGUAUUGUCAUGUAUAAUUAUUACAUUUCCUGUUUUAAACAAAUAAUGAUGUUUUAACGUCACCUUAAUGUAUAAUUAUUGUGUGUUUCCUUAUAUGAUUAUUAUAUGAAUGAAUUUUAUGUUUUUCUUUUAUUAAUAACAAUUUCAGAAAUGGAUCGAAAUACUAAUGGAGCAAAAUCCAAGAAACGGAUUCGUGAAAUAUGUAUACCAGAUAGUGGAACAACACACACUAUUCUGAAACAAAAGAGAUAUUUCUCUAAUAUAAAACC